AUGGCUAUGUGUGCUAAGGUGACAAUUGCAGAGGUCGAGGAGAUUGUCGAAGAAGGAGAACUCGACCCAGAUUUUAUAGUGACUCCAUCAGUAUUUGUAAAAAGACUUAUAAAAGGCGAAAAAUAUGAAAAACCUAUAGAGCACUUAGUAGAAGAAGAAAAAUUAUCAAGAAUUGAUAACCCAGAUAAGCUGAAAAUCAUUAACAGAGCUUUAAAAGAAAUCAAAGAAGGCAUGUAUAUACAUUUCGCAUUAGGAUUACCACAGCUCGUUUUUCGGUCAGUCCCAGACAAAAGCAAAAUAAGGAUUCAUUCAACCCCAGGGGUUGUAGGUGUUGCUGGAUAUGCUGAAGAGGGCAAAACAGACCCAGACUUGAUUAACACUGGCAGAGCAACGAUCCGUUUGGCAGCUGGAGCUUCAAUUGUUUCAUCGUUUGAUUCAUUGAAUAUUCUAAGAGGUGGCCAUAUGGAUUUAUCCUAUUUCUAUUAAUAUUUCUCUAUUAAUAAUUAAUAAAAUUUUUUUACUAGGCUUAAUUUAUAUGGUUUAAUUAUGGUUGGAGCUUUUGAGGUCUCCAAAAAUGGAGACCUUGCGAAUUGGGGUGUCCAUGGUGAAGGCAAAGGCAUAGGAGUCACUAUGGACUUAGUUUCUAGCAGAAAAUCAAGAAUUGUCUGUUUAACCCCUCACACAAGAAAAGGGAAGCCCAAGAUUGUAGAAGAGUGCAGGAAUUAUCCUAUUUCGGGAAGAGGAGUUGUGGAUACUCUUAUUACAGAUCUGGGGGUUUUUGAGUUUAAGAGGGAAGGAGGAAUGACACUUACAGAAAUUGCAAGAGGCGUUACUGUUGAAGCUGUGGUGGCCAAUACUAGCUGCUCUUUCCUCGUUGCUUCUGAUUUGAAAAGUAUGGACUAA